GAGCCACCUUCUCGAAGUGAUCCGCUUGCGCCACCAAGUCCAGACUUGGACGAUGCUCCAUUUGAGGAUGAGUCUGCAGCCAUCUUGGGGGACGAUGGUGCUGAGGAAGAAGAGGAAACCGGCGAAAAUCUCUUCGGUGACGACAUGGAGCGCGACUACCGGCCUAUUCCUGAGCUAGAUGUUUAUGAAGCGGAAGGAUUGGCGCCACCUGAUGAAGAGAUCGAGGAGAUGUCCCCCACAGCGCGCGCCGAAGCGGAACGGGAACUGCGACAGCGUGAUCGAGAGCAGGCGCUCGCAGCCGGAGGCCUUCGUCGAGGGUUACUUGCAGAUUUAUAUGGUCCUGAGGAUGAUGAUGAGGUGAUUCCGGCUAGGAGACGGCGUCUUGCAGAGCGUGCAGCAGCAGGCAUGGGCCCUGGAAUGGAAGAACCUGAGGCCGUCCUUGAGAGCAUCGAAAACCUCGAAGACAUGAAAGGAAUGUCAGUUGUUGAAUGGGUACAACAACCAGCCACACGUCAAGAAAUUAAAAACCGUUUCAAAGCCUUCCUCAGAACGUUCCUGGAUGAACAUGAUCGAAAUGUUUAUGCCGAGAGAAUUGUACAAAUGGCUAGGGAAAACAGACAAAGUUUAUACGUUGACUAUCAGCACCUUGCUUCCGCCGAGCAAGUCCUAGCUUAUUUUCUCCCGGAAGCUCCCCAACAUAUCCUGGAAAUAUUUGACGAGGCUGCGCGCGAUGUUACACUUGCGCGGUUUCCUCGUUAUGAUCGGAUUACGAACCGCGUCCAUGUUCGCAUAAAUGACCUACCUCUCAUUGAAGACCUCCGUUGCCUCCGGCACCUACAUCUUAAUCAGCUCGUCAGAACGAGUGGUGUUGUGACCAGCAGCACAAGUGUUUUGCCGCAGUUAAGUGUCGUCAGAUAUAAUUGUUCGAAGUGUGGCUGUUUGCUUGGUCCGUUUGUUCAGAACCAGGCGGGCAGCGAGGUACGCCCAACUACUUGUCCAGACUGCCAGUCUGGUGGUCCUUUUGAGCUCAAUAUGGAACAGACUGUGUUCAAAAACUACCAAAGGAUUACAGUUCAAGAAAGUCCUGGGAAAGUUCCACCUGGUCGCUUGCCGAGGUCUAAAGAUGUCAUCCUACUUGACGACUUAGUCGACGCAUGCAAACCUGGUGAUGAAAUAGAGCUCACUGGGACUUAUACACACAGUUAUGAUGGUUCUCUGAACACACAACAAGGGUUUCCAGUCUUUGCAACCGUUAUUUUGGCCAACAACAUCGUCCGAAAGGACGAUAAAGUCACUGUCGAGAAGUUAACAGAUGAAGACACAAAAGCCAUUCUAAAGCUUUCCCGCGAUGAACGUAUUGCUGAUCGGAUAUUUGCCAGUAUAGCUCCAAGUGUCUACGGACACGAAGAUAUUAAACGGGGAAUCGCUCUAGCGUUGUUCGGUGGGGAGCCAAAGAAUCCAGGAGGAAAGCACAAAGUUCGGGGUGAUAUCAAUGUAUUACUGUGUGGUGAUCCUGGAACAGCCAAAUCUCAGUUUUUGAAAAGUGUUGAGCAGUUGGCUCCACGUAGUGUUUUCACCACAGGGCAAGGGGCAAGCGCUGUAGGCCUGACUGCCUAUGUUACUCGAAAUCCCAUGUCGAAGGAGUGGACCCUGGAAGCCGGUGCCCUCGUCCUUGCAGAUCGUGGAGUUUGCCUGAUUGAUGAAUUCGAUAAGAUGAACGACCAAGAUCGAACAUCCAUCCAUGAGGCUAUGGAACAGCAAAGCAUAUCCAUUAGCAAGGCGGGUAUCGUCACUAGUUUGCAGGCCCGAUGCACUAUUAUUGCAGCAGCCAAUCCUAUUGGAGGACGAUACGAUCCUAGCAUGACUUUCUCGGACAACGUGGAUUUGAGUGAGCCCAUUCUCAGUCGCUUCGAUAUUCUCUGUGUGGUUCGCGAUACGGUAGAUCCGAUUCAGGAUGAAAUGUUGGCACGAUUUGUCGUUGGAAGUCAUAUGCGACAUCAUCCCAAUAUCAGCCAAGAUGAGCAUGCAACGUUGGUCGAACAACUGGCAGAGUCUGGAGCAGCUCGUUCUGGUUCCUCACCAGAUCUUCAGCCAUUGGAACAGGACCUACUGAAAAAAUACAUUAUCUAUGCCAAGGAUCGUAUCCAUCCGAAACUCAACCAAAUGGACCAGGAUAAGAUCGCCGCUGCGUACGCUGACUUGCGACGUGAAUCAAUGAGCACUGGCAGCCUGCCGAUCACUGUUCGUCACAUCGAAUCGGUUAUCCGGAUGUCUGAGGCUCAUGCGCGUAUACAUUUACGAGAGUUUGUUAACGAUGACGAUGUGAACAUGGCGUUACGAGUGAUGCUGGAAUCGUUUGUAUCGACACAGAAGUUCAGUGUGAUGAAAUCUAUGCGACAGACGUUCUCUCGUUUCCUGAGCUUCCGAAGGGACAAUCAAGAAUUGCUACUGUUUUUACUGAAGCAACUUGUGCACGACCGCAUCGCAUUCCAGCGAGUGCGGCACGCUGGAGACCAGGAGUGGCGAAUCGAAAUACCGGAACGUGACCUUGUCGACCGAGCCAAACAGAUUAACAUCAGUGCCGUGCGACCGUUUCUCCAGAGCGAACUGUUCCGGACUCACCACUUUGUCUACGAUGCUAGCCGCAAGGUCAUUCUCCACACUGUUUGAUGGCGUAAUAUUUCAGAUGGUGGCCAACUUUGCGUUCUGAGAGGUUUUCGGACCCUUCUCAUCCACCCUAGAUGUUACUCGAUCGUCGUACACAGAUUAUUUUAUAUACAACCUUUAUGGUAUUUCAUGAGAUUCUUACCUUGUGUCUCGUUGCCUAUCAUGUGGGAUUUUCUCAGCUUACUGAAUCACAUCCCGUUCCAUUGUGGUCGACCUGUAGCGGCGAUGGUAAUUUUUGCCUGUUAAGGCAAUUAUGAAAAACAUGAGCAGUGAUUACUGAUGCGACAUUCUCCCGCUACAGGAGUGUUCGUUUCUCUGACAGCUUUGGAAUUCCCCAGAGUUCCCUGCAACGCUUGUCAUAUUUCUCUUCCUCACCAUCUGGUAUGAUCUAAUUAUCCCACGCACCAGUAGCUUUUGGACCAAGUUAAUCGAUUCUUACAUACUACUUAAAUCUAUUUGUGCUCGUUUAGUACAUCGUACUAUCGCCA